UUUUAGCAUAACCUUCAAAGGAGAUCGUUCCCUUCAGACUUUAUUAUCUUCUUUUCCCCACUGAGAGAAUACCUCUUAGCUGCAAGACAUUUUUAAGUCUAUGCAGGACUUCGGGGAUUUGGUGAUCUUGCCAGGGAAAUUGAUCAUUGCUAAUGCUUGGGACUCACAGUGUGCUAAAUUAGCUACCAGAGUAAGCCUGACGGAGGAAGGCUUUUAUCAUAUACUCUUCUCUUCAGUUUGAACACAUUUGCUUGAAAUUUGCCGCAUGAUGCUGUCCAGGGAAGCAGCUUUUUUUCCUGGGAUGCAGCAAUUCGCUGGUUUCUAAGCUUAUUGCAGAAGAAGAAAUAAUCUUAAAUAGAGUGGAUCUUACCCCCCCUCCCGGCCCCCCGCUUGAUUCGACUGAGCUGUGUUGCACCGCGGUAAAGAUCACCUGUCACUAAGUCUUUCAGGAAGUAAAACAAACUGAAUUAUAAUUAUUAUUUAUUUAUUUUUAUUAUUUUUAACCGGUGGAGGCGGCGUGAUCACGGAGAAUGAGACUGAGAGAAGCUGCCAGGGCUUGGAGGAGGAUAAAGCUGAGUUUAGGCUGGAAACUAAAAGACUAGAUUGUUUUUUGGUUCAACUUGCCCGGUUUCUCUCCACUUCCUUUAGUUUCGCUCCAUGGACAGAUCAACAAACCUGGACAUUGAGGAGCUAAAGAUGACGCGAGAACAAUAUAUACUAGCAACACAACAGAACAACCUGCCAAGGGCUGAGAAUGCACAACUUUACCCAGUGGGGAUUUAUGGAUGGCGAAAGAGGUGCUUAUACUUCUUUGUCCUUCUGCUGUUGGUUACCAUGAUAGUUAACUUAGCCAUGACAAUAUGGAUAUUGAAAGUGAUGAAUUUCACUGUG